CUCUCCGAAACGCGUCCAAACGAUACGAAGAGCACAGGCUCAGCAAAGACCACAUUGACGCAUAAGCGCGUAACAUAACUGCGGGGAAGAGAGAUCUCCUGCUCUGACUGAUGGGCUGCUCUGUCAGCAAGCGUAAGCACACAAAACUGGAGGCAUCAAGUGCGCAUCAGAUUGGUGUGCUAUGCUGCAUGUCGGUUUCGUUUCAUCAGCCGAAGACACCUUCGGGCCGGCCAGUGCACAGGUAUGCAGGCAAGCACAGCACGCCGGACGGACCGUCACGGGUGCUCCAUCUUUCUGUUUGCGUCAGGUUCGCAUCUCGCAAGGUGUCGGCUCCAACGCACCAGCAUCCAGGUAAGCAGACAGGCCGGGGCACAGGGCGGGAGAGGCGACAGACGACUUGACUCGCACUGGGCCCUGCCUGUGCUUGUUGCAGCGCCCUUGGUUCCACUGGUGCGGAGCGGGCGAGCUUAGAGUCAAAAGUGGUGAGUGCGGGCCUGUCUGAUCUACGCGACACUGGCGGGGAUGGAUGGAUGGAUGCUUCAUGUGUGCAGGUGCUGCUGGGAGAUUCGGGGGUGGGCAAGUCGAGCCUGGCGCUCAGAUUCUGCCAGGGUGUGUGAGAAAUGAUGACUGACGCGAACAGCCAACACAAGCAAAGGACGACUCUGUGUGUGUGUGUGUGUGUGUUGUGGUGGUGUUUGUGUGUCAGGGAGGUUCUCGCCCUACCACGAAGUCACCAUCGGUGAGCUUGCAGCCACACAUGGAUAGGCUAUCAGAUGCACAUGUGUCGCUGGUUGGCUGAUUGGUUGGUUCGUCCACAGGCGCGGCGUUUCUGCAGCAAAUUGUCAGGCUGAAGGAUGGUAUGAUGGCGUGGGAAUGGACGCACCGCAAGUGUGCAUCUUGUUCAUAUCACUCUUUUCUGCGCUGAUUGGGUCGUUCACGUCACGCAGGGAGCCAGCUGAAGCUGCACAUAUGGGAUACGGGCGGACAGGAACGGUACGCAAAACACUCACGAACAGCCUGCUUACUUGCACGAGACCAUGUCGUGAGCUUGCGGGUGGAUGUGUGUCUGCUGCGGCAUAGGUUUCGCGCGAUGGCACCGCUGUACUAUCGGUAAGUGUCCAUCCAACACGCGGCGCACACUCUCGACGAGGCGUGUGAUGCUGGUCAUCCAUGUGUGUGUGUGUGUGUUCCUUUGUUUCUGUUACUGUCAGCGAUGCGUGGGGUGCGGUGAUUGUCUACGACUGCAGCCACGCCCCGACAUGGGAAUCAGUCAAAUUCUGGGUGGGUGGGUGUGCAUGUGUCUGGGUGUGUUGUGAGUGUGUGUGUGUGUAUGUGUUUGUGUGUGUGACGUGUGACGUCUUAACAGGUGGGUGAGUUGCAGGCCAAGGGCCGCCCCAACUGCUGCAUGGCCAUCGCGGCCAACAAGUGCGACACGCAGGACUGGCAAGUAGACUCUAAGGUAUGAAUGAAUGGAUGUAUGUGGGUUCGAUGGUGCCGCCGCGAUCCACGAGCAUUCCUGUGUGUGUCUGUUUCCAUUCCAGGAGGCUCGGGAGUACUGUGAGAGCAAUGACUUCAUCUUUGUGGAGUGCUCAGCCAAGGUGGGUGGGCGGGCGGACCAGUGAGCCAACAGUCACGCACUACAUAUGUGUGCCUGCCUCUCUGAUUGCCUGUCGUCUCUGUCUGUCUGGGCAGACUGGAGAGAACGUCGGCAGGCUAUUUGAGCUCCUAGGUACGGAGAGAGGCAUCCAUUACACACACGCACGAAUGAUAAUAGAUAGAUCUGUCGAUGUGUGUGGAUGUGAUGUGUGUGGACGCAUGUACGUGUUUAUGUGAUCCCUCCAUCAGCCAACAAGGUGUACCAGCAGAUGCUCAAAGGCGACCCCAGAUAGAUGAGAAACGGCCAGGCAGCCAGCCAGCCAGGAUCUAAGGACUCUAGCUGUCGGUGUGGUGGUGGUGUACAGUACCAAUCAAUAACACGCGAUCGCACACACUUCUAUUGACUAACUCACACGAUGGUACACGCAGAAAGCAGAACACUUGGCUGGCCACUGCCCUUUUUGAGACCGACCGCAUUGACCACCUACCUCUGUUUAGCGUUGCAUACAUAAACAUGCAUCCGUGUGUUUCUGUGGGUCUGUGGGUCUCUCUCUCUCUGAUUGGCAUGUCGCGACACUUUCCCCCACACUCAAUGUACAGCUGUGUUUCUUGGAGGUGAGCAGCCCCAGACUCAGCCAACACGUACAUCCACACCACACAUGAAUGAUGCUCGGUGCUUAAGGACAGAGAGAGAGAGAGAGGCAGACGGAGA